UCCGUAUUUGUCAAGGACGAAUUGCAAUUUAACUGUACAAAUCAAUAUCCCCUACUUUUUGUGAGCACUAUAUAAGUUCAGAUCGCCUCGUAAUGGGUCACAUGAUAGACAAUUGUCACAUGACUUUGACAGACGGCAUCAAACAUGGCGGAUGCGGAAGAAAGGACACCACUGUUGAAAGAAAACACUGGCGUGAAUGAUGCUCAAGAACCACCGCCUUAUACGCAACCGCUUACCUCAUCUCAACAGGAAGUGACCAUUCCACCGAUAGGACCAGAUGAACUCCCUCCCCCAUACACUGCCACACCUCAAGGGGGUCUGCCGAUGAUCAACUGUAAAAUAUGUCAGGCUAUGAUCAACAUCGAGGGCAAAACUCAUCUUCAUGUAGUGAAGUGCUCAGUGUGUCAUGAAGCUACACCCAUCAAAGCUGCUCCACCAGAAAAGAAGUAUGUCAGGUGUCCGUGCAACUGUCUGCUGAUUUGUCGCAGUUCUGCUCAACGAAUAGCUUGUCCUCGACAAAACUGUCGGCGUGUGAUAAACCUGAGUGGAGAAAUUCCUUCUGUCAGCAUUCGGACCCCAGGUUCCGGGAGAAUAGCCUGUGCUUACUGCAACCAAAUCUUCAUAUUUGAAAUAAACACCCGAGCAUUGGCAAGAUGUCCUCAUUGCAGGAAAUUGUCAUCAGUGGCGAGCCAUUACGCUCGUACAAGAGGCACUAUCUGUCUAGCACUUGGUAUUUUGUUUUUAGCUGCGGGAAUUGGUGUCACUAUUGGAACCUAUGAACUUGCACAAGGGAAUGGUGGCAUUUAUGUUGUUUGGAUAGGUGCAUUUAUUAGUGGGAUUCUGUUGCUGAUUCGAGCUGCAUAUUACUACUCCAUCAAAACAAGCUUCCCAGUGAGCGCGUCGUAAUGUGACACCGAAACACGCACGUGGUCACGGUGUUGAUGUGCAGGGGACCAAACGUUUAACCCACCAGUAAUAUUACAGUUUUAAAUAUCUUUCACGAUUACUCCCCAUAACAAUACAGUUAUAUUGAUUAUUUAUCGAAGAAUAACUCCCACCCCGUAACAUUACAGUCAUAUUGAUUAUUGAUGAUCACCAUCCUCUGAUUGACUAUGGUAAUAUGUUAAAAACACAACUUAUGAAUUAAUAAUGUUUUUCAUGAAACAAAUUCUGAAACGUAUGAUAAAUCAUAUCUGAGUAAAAUUUUCAUUUAAAUAAUUUAUAUUACAGUAUUAACAUUGUUUAUCUUUUAGUAGGAAUUUACUCAAAGACUAACAAUUUUCUUGAUUUUGAAAACAGGCAAAUGUGUUAAUAUAUACCUUGUUUUGACAGAGAAAAACUGAUAUUUUGUCUGUCAAAACUGAUGUACAUUAACCCAUUUUUAAUAAUAAUAAAAAAAGAAAAAGAAAGAAAAAAAGGUAGUGUUACAAAGUAUAGACUAAGUAGACUUAAUACAGUGUAUAGAACAUAUUGUAUUGCUCAGAAAUACACUGACCUUGUUGAGGAUCAAGGCCACAUCAUUAGAUUAAAAUGAAAAGGAAAUCAGUGAGUUUCAUUUUGUUUAGACAAUAUUUAUUUCUGCUAAUGUUUCGCGGUUGGGAUUGGUCACCAAGCGUCUCCUGCAUAAAGACCUUUCUCUACAACAUACAAUUGAAGUAAUGUAUACAAUUAGUCAGCAUGGACAGCAUUAUUGCACUUACAGCUGAGAGCUGUAAAUAUUACGUUUGUAACCUAGUUAAAUAUGUAUCUAAAUUAAAGCCAGAGAAACAAAAAACCAAAUGGUUAAAAAUUGUUUUAUUACAUUGAAAAAAUGAUAAUAAAGAAACUGAAAAGAACAAAUAACAUAGAAACAAAAUGAAUUUGGUGUAUUUUUUAUAUUUGUGAGAUUACAGGAAAGAAUGUAUAUGUUUACGGUUGACCUUAAUGUUACAGUUAUAGUUACCACUGAGGUUCAAUUAAAAUGUUUUGGGUGAUACAAUAGCAAGGUUUGGUAUUCCAAAGUAAUGUAAUUGUUAUUUAUAAUCCAUAUUUAGAGAAAUAAGGCCCACUAAAUCUGUGAUUGAGCACCUUUAAUGUUACAGUCAGUUAAAGAGCCACCGAGGAGUAUUCGUCGACUGAGACUAAAGCAUGUGUCAAAAAUUGAGGUUUCACUCAUCUCUACUUAAUCUAGUUUAUAUUGGUAUCCUUUAAGUUCUUAAAGGCAUACUGUCAUAGAUUUAAGGACCUUAUUUCUCUAAAAAUGGAUAAUAAAUAAAAAUUACAUUAAUUGUUGGAAACCAAAUCUAGCUAUUGCAUCACCUUAACUGAACCAGG